AAGUCUUAUUUCCCUCUCGAUACUAAAUUAGGUUCUGUCCUUACGUCAGAGUUCAUUGAGAGUGGGCGAGAGCGUCCUCUGUACGUAAUGCCUGGUUCAGAAGGAAUCCGAAUGGGAAGCCAGAGUUACUUCAAAACUCCAGGGCAGAAGCUGAUUAUUUUUUUAACCACAGUUACUGACUGGGAGUCUGACAGUCACCCACAUGCACUAGAACCUAAGAGAGUCGGCAAACUUCGAAACGUGGAUGCGGAGCGAUUUGAGAAGUUAUUCUAAAUAUUAGAGGCCAUUUGUUUUUUUUUGCAAGACAUACGUUUUCCCUUGAAUUUUGCAGAGGGGCUUUUGUUUGUGUUUUGCGCAAGAAUUUGAGGGGAUUAUAUUGCAGGACUACAGCCCAGGAUUAAGUGAAAAUUUUAUUAAGGAGAAAGCGAAAUCAUCCGGCGUGCAACAUGGAGCGCAGUUGGUUCGAGAUUUGCAUCCCCGUACUGAUAGUUCUGGGGCUCUCUGUUGUGCCGAAUGAGUCUCGGGAGAAUUUUCGCGGGAGGUCUGCGCUGUUCUGGGGACUCAGAACGGGACAUGGGGUCUCCAACCUGACAGUGAAUAGUGCGAGACUACCUGGCCACAGCAGAACACUGAGGGGCCAGAGAAAUCCGGAGAGAAAUCCCGUUUCGUUCCAGAUGCCAGCCAAUGCUAAUAUGUCUGUUUUAUUCCGGGCAACGGGCCAAAUGUCAACUGGCGAUAGCGAAACUCUUGAUUCCCGAGAAAGCAGCACUCGUCGCGCCCGGGUAAAUCGACAGGUUCCAGCCGGGAUUGGACGCGCAAUUCCCAAUUAUAAUCCCGUUACAUCCCGGAGAAUCAAUCCUGCCUCAACCAGGAUGAGUCGUCCUAUUACAUCCCGGAUUAGCGCGGUAUCGUCCCAGGAGAGAAGCCGAACUCAGCUCGGGACAGCCCACGGUGGUAGACGUAUACCGGCAUGGCCGCAUCACGUCGGCUUCUCCCAAAGAAGCGGUGCUUUUAUUUCCGACGCUGGCGGUAGUUCGGUUUCAAUACAGGAGAAGAAUCCUGUUUCCACUCCGCUUUCACCUGUCUGGACCAGUUUUGUGGCUUCAGGUGCUCCGAGAACACGGCUGACGGCCGCUGCUUCUCAGUUGAGGAACAGGCAGGUUGCCAGACAGAACCAGGGGAGACGCACACCGACCAGGAGAUUGAUAGGGCCUAAUGUUUGUGGAAAACAAUGCUGUUCUGGAUGGACUGUGAGCCAAAGUACAAACCGAUGUAUGAAACCUGUAUGUGACCCACCAUGUCAAAAUAGGGGUUCAUGUUCUCGACCUCAAGUCUGUGUGUGCCGGUCAGGAUUCCAGGGUUCGAGGUGUGAAGAAAUUGCUCCAGAACAACCAUACAUUCCCCGUGCUCUCUCAUCAAGAUCCUUCCCUUCUCAGUUAUCUGCCUCAUACUCGAAUGCUAUCCAGCAGAUUCACAGUAAUGCAGUAAACACCACCAAAAGAAUGAAUGAAAUUCCACCUAGACAUAAGGCUUCAUCAGUUGGUCAAGGCGAGAGCAUUCUUCCACAAACUAAUUAUGGACACCAUGUUAAUACUCAGCAAUUGACAGGAACAUCACGUAUGGUGAAACACUUAUCAAAUGGAAAUGGACAGCUACUGUCCAAUUCACUAUUUGACAGAAAUGGACAGGCGCAGGUUCAGAACCGUUUUGCUACAAAUGGACAAGUAAUAGCAGAAAAUGAAAAUGCACUACCACGAGGUGCAAAUCUGACAAUCAAUGUAGGAACAAUAAAAAUAGUCUUCACACCAACUAUUUGCAAACGCCAGUGUAGAAAUGGAAACUGUUACAACAAUUGUAAGAAAGGUGAUCCAACCACCCUUUACAGUGAAAAUGGUUAUGGUCCUGUGUCCAAAUCUGGCUUUCGAAUCUAUUUUUGCCAGAUCCCAUGUCUAAAUGGAGGAUACUGCAUUGGAAGGGACAAGUGCUGGUGCCCAUCAAACUCAACAGGAAAGUUCUGCCAUCUUCCGAUGCCUCGGGAAAGACAGACAGUGGCGAAGACAGCACCUGCAGAUUCUUCUAUCACACAGUCUGUUUACACUCUCCCUCUUUCUAAUCAGCCAGUUGUUAUGCACCCAUCCCUGGUUAAUAUACAUGUGAACCACCCACCAGAGGCCACAGUACAAAUUCAUCAAGUGGCAAGAGUGAAGAACCCACCUGACUCUUCAGCUAAGAAAAACAUAAAGAAUUCUCUGGACCAACAGUCAGUCCAUUCAGUACAGCAAAGAUCACAGCCUAAUGCUAGUGGAAACAACAAUGGACAGUCACAGCCACAUCGUAAACCUAUGACUGUGGGAAGAUGCUUCCAGGAAACGGUGGAUGGUCAGUGUGGAAAACCACUUCCGGGUCUCACAAAGCAGGAUGAUUGUUGUGGGAGUGUAGGAUUAUCAUGGGGUUACCAUAAGUGUACAAAAUGUCCUCCAAAACCAGCUCAUCCCAAGAUACAAAAUGGCCACAUUGAAUGUCCCCUCGGCUAUAAAAAGAUGAACCAGACAAAUUGUCAAGAUAUUAACGAAUGCCUGAUGUCAGGAAUGUGUCAAAAUGCUAACUGUCUGAAUACCAGAGGUAGCUACAGAUGUACGUGUAACCCUGGAUAUAUGCUGGAUACGUCCAGGAGCCAUUGCAUCUCGGACAAGGCGGUUUCUGCAGAACUGGGACCCUGUUUCAGAUCAGUGUCCAGUGGAAACUGUUCUCUGCCUCUCUCUCAGCAAAUUGCAAAGCAGAUCUGUUGCUGUAGUCGCGUGGGCAAAGGAUGGGGUAAAAACUGUGAAAAGUGUCCACUUUCUGGCUCAGUUGUUUUCAACGAAAUCUGCCCAGCAGGUCAUGGUUAUCAUUACUCCAGGUCUCACGUCCAGAUCUUGAUGAGACCUGCUGAAGAAGAGGAAAUAGCUCAUGUUGCCCUAGAAAAGUAUCUUGACAACCAGCGGAGCACUGUCAAGGAUUCCAAGUUAAUUUCAAAGGAAGAAAAUUAUGUAAGCUUAGAACGAUAUGAUACUUCAAUAAAAACACCAAAGCCUUUUGAACCAGUUCAUGCUCCAAGUGUUGACGAAUAUCCAGUGGAAGUAGUAGUGAAGACAAGCCCACCUGUACUUGUACAAGUUGUUCCUGAAUCUACAGCUGGACAGGUGGCUUCUGUAUUUGCAACAGAAAUUUCUGUUACAAAUGUAUGUGAAGUUUCACCAAACAUUUGUGGUCCAGGCCUUUGUAUCAGUCAGCAAGGUGGAUACACGUGUAACUGUGACACAGGUUAUCAGCUGGAUGAUCUGCAAAAAAAGUGUGUAGAUGUUGAUGAAUGCAGGGAAAUCCCACAGCUCUGUAGCUAUGGCCAGUGUGAAAAUACAGCGGGAGGUUACCGAUGCAUUUGUUUGACAGGAUUUGUGCUGAACCAACAAGGGACUGAUUGUCUAGAUAUAAAUGAAUGUGAAGCAGACCCAUGUGAGGGAAAUGGCCAUUGCAUUAAUAUAGUGGGCACAUACUCUUGUUCCUGCUUUACGGGCUAUACAUUAGUCUUUUCACAAGGCAAGCAAAGCUGUCAAGAUAUAAAUGAAUGUCAGCAAGACAACAUAUGUCAUGGACAUCGUUGCGUCAACAUUCCAGGUUCUUAUGAGUGUGACUGUGAAGAAGGUUACAUAUUAACUAGACCAGGACAAUGCAGUGAUGAGAAUGAGUGCUUGAUUUCUGGCAUUUGUGCCAAUGGGAAUUGUGUCAACAUGGAAGGGUCUUACAGAUGCAUUUGUAACCAAGGUUUUGAACAUGUGACAGACCAGAAGAGCUGCAGAGACAUCGAUGAAUGUUUAUCCCAUGAUGUUUGUUUUAAUGGACUUUGCACAAAUACUGAGGGAUCCUAUACUUGCUCAAGCUGCAAUCCUGGAUAUAGUGUAUCAGAAAACAGACAGGCAUGUGAAGACAUCAAUGAAUGUUUAUCUCAUGAUGUUUGUUUGAAUGGACUUUGCACAAAUGCUGAGGGAUCCUACACAUGCUCAAACUGCAAUCUUGGAUAUAGAGUGUCAGAGAACAGACAGGCGUGUGAAGAUAUUAAUGAGUGUUUGAACAAGGACAUCUGUGGUCCAAAUGGGGAAUGCAUGAACAAUGAAGGGUCCUAUUUCUGCCGGUGUGCCAGUGGUUUUUCCAGUAGUCCUGAAGGUACAAGCUGUCAAGAUAUUAAUGAAUGCUUGACUAAGGACAUUUGUGGUCCCAAUGGAGAAUGUAUAAACAAUGAAGGAGGCUCUUAUUACUGCCUUUGUGCUCAGGGCUAUACCACUACUCCUGAUGGAACAGGCUGUGAAGAUGUGGAUGAAUGCAGUGAGGAGACUAAUUGUUCAGGUGGACAGUGCAUAAAUACAGAUGGAUCCUAUAUGUGUAGAUGUGAAACAGGGUUUACACAUUUACCUGAAGCAGAACAAUGUAUUGAUAUUGAUGAAUGCAGUUUAUAUGCCAGCUCUCUAUGCGGGAUCUGGAAGUGUGAGAAUACUAUUGGUUCCUAUCAAUGCAUCAUGGAAUGUCAGCCAGGAUUCCAACGUACAGCUAUUGGAGAAUGCAUUGAUGUUGAUGAAUGUGUGAAUGCAACCAUCUGUGGUACUCAUGGGUAUUGUGAAAAUACAGAUGGUUCUUUCCGCUGUCUAUGUGAUCAAGGUUUUGAGGUUCCAGCAAGAGGACAAGCAUGUGUAGAUAUUAAUGAAUGUGAAAUGAUGAAUGGAGUCUGUGGAAGGGCUCUUUGUGAAAAUUUCGAAGGUUCCUUCUUCUGUAUCUGCAUGGAUGAGAAUGAAGACUUUGAUCCAGCUAAAGGCCAGUGUGUCCCUCGUGCAGCAAUGGCAAUUGAUCAUGCAGGAGAAAUGAUUGCCGUGUCAGAGUCAUCCAUAAUGCCAGCAUCUACAAGUAGAAAUUUGAAGGAAUGCUACUACAAUCUGAAUGAUGAGAACUUCUGUGAUAAUUUGCUAGCACGGAACAUCACAAAAGAAGGAUGUUGUUGCACUGUUGGAGUUGGUUGGGGUGAUAACUGUGAAGUUCACCCUUGUCCUUUGGCCAAUGCAGAGGAAUACAAUGAAAUUUGUCCAGAUGGCAAAGGAUUUAUUCCAUUUCAGAUUGGUUCUUUUUCCUUUGGAUCGCAAAACUAUGGAGAUGCAGAUGAAUGUGCAAUGUUUGGCUCAGAGGUCUGUACGAAUGGGCAUUGUGUAAAUACCGUAGGAAGCUACUCCUGCUAUUGUGGUGCAGGAUUUUACUAUGACAACGUGAGGUUAGAAUGCAUUGACAUUGAUGAGUGUCAGGAUGAAAAUACGUGUGUGAAUGGAGAGUGUGUCAACACAGCAGGAUCAUUUAACUGUUUCUGCAACCCACCCCUCACACUGGACGUAACCCGUAAAAGAUGUAUAAAUGGCUCAGAAUCUGGAGCUGACUUAUCAGAAGAAGCAGAUGCACAUCUGGAUAUAUGUUGGCAAGGGGUGACUGAGGACUUGGUUUGUAGAAAACCUCUGUGGACCAGUUCAACCUACACUGAAUGCUGCUGCAUGUAUGGAGAGGCUUGGGGCCUAGAAUGUGCUCUCUGUCCCUCCAGAGUAUCAGAUGAUUUUGCACAACUUUGUAAUGUUCCUCGGAUAUAUGGUGAUGGGUCAACAGGCCUCCAUGAUAGAUCUGGAUAUGAAUUUGGACAAGAAACACCAUCCCGUGGUCAAGAUUCACAGCGUGGCAUUGGAUCCUAUGACAAUUAUCUUCAGCCUGAGUAUGGACAAUAUGAUUCUCAAUACGGAGUAGAAUAUGGAUUGGGAGAUCGCAAUUUUGGAUCAAGAUAUGGACAGAACAAUCCCCAACCUGACUCAGGAUUUGAACUUAGAGAUCCACACCUUACUUCUCAAUAUGGUCCAACAGACUCCCAACGUGGACCUGAAUAUGGUUCUAGAGGAUAUUCACGCAUUCCACUAUACCGUCCACAAGAACCUCUGAGCAUCCCUUUGUUUAGUAGCAGUGACAAUGAUCGUUCCAGUAGCUUCGAAGGCUUACAAGCAGAGGAGUGUGGAAUUCUGAAUGGUUGUGAAAAUGGGCGAUGUGUACGGGUGCAGGAAGGAUACACCUGCGAUUGUUUUGAUGGGUUUGAGCUUGAUAUGACAAAAAUGACUUGUGUAGAUAUAAAUGAAUGUGAGGAUCUCAGUGACACCAUACCACUCUGCAGGAAUGCAGACUGUGAGAACACAGAGGGGUCAUAUAAAUGCAUCUGUUUACCAGGCUAUAUUCUUUCGCAGAAUGCUAAUGACUGUAUACUGGAAACAGGAGCAGGACAUCAAUAAGAAUCUCAGCACUGUCCCCUGGGAAGGGAGUUGGAAGCACUUAGUGAUUUAUUUUAAGGGGAAAAAAAUGUUUAUUUUACUUGGGAUUAUCAAUGUUGUCACAGAAGUGUGAGUAAAACUUCAGUGAUACACCACAACUGUAUCAAUGCAGUUAACUAGCUUCUAUGUAAUUUAUGACUUUAAAAAAAUCUUGAUUAAAUUGGCAAUGACUACAUUUAGGAAAGAAAAGUACAGAGACAACACAAAGAGCAAGUAGGUUCUUUGAGUAAUCAAGAAGUCUAAAUUCCUAAACAACUGCUGAAUAUUACCGGUGAGCAAACUCUACAACAAAAACACAGUUUCAAAUAAUUUAUCCUUAUUUGGUUGAUGUUUCUGUUAGUGUGGUUUUGUGUUCAUGAACACAUUUUUGGAGAGGGGAGAGGAUAGCAACUAAAAAUAGAAAUAAAGGAAGUGCAAGUGUAUGGGAGGAACUAACAUUGUAGCUCAAAGGCCCACAUUUCGCUGUUGUUGGCUGAACUACUGCAAUGUGCAUGGUUUCCAUAGCAACGAUAUGAAAAUAAUCUCUGCUAACCUGAGUAUGUCUUAAUUAGUCCUGUGGAAUUUCAGUUGGUUGUUACACUAUAAAGGUGAUGCACAUUAAAUUAUUUGUGACAUCACCCAUUUAUAAUGUUUGAAAUUUUUGGAUUCCAAACCCCAAAUAUUAAUACAAAAUGUCACCAUAUUUCAUUCCUGUUGGUAAAAGGCCUCUUUAAAUAAUAGACUUUAACACAAAGACUGUAAUGUUCCUAGUGUCAGGUUAAAAAUACAUGUUGAACUCAUAUUGGAUCAAAUGACAGGCAAGUGGAUUACUGAAAUCCAAGAUAUAAAUAAAGUGCAUCUCAUAAAGUAACUAAAUUUAUUUAAAUUAUAAUUAUUAAAAUUAUAAUUAAAAUUAAAAUUAAUUAUAAAAUUAAAAUUAUAAUUAAAUAAAGUGUGAAGGAAUUAUUGGAAAUCAAGCUCCAUGUGGUCAGCCUGUAUCUCAAUAGAACACACUGUGAACAUUGGAGGUUGGAGAACAGAAGGCUUGAUCCUGUCACAUGGUGCUGAUUAGCAAUUUGCACUUUACCCUCUAUCAACACCUGAACAGAUAGCAUGCACUAUCUGUAACUUUGGAAGGUUCAGAAUAUCACUUGAUGUGCUUCAGUUGUUUUUAUUUCUUGUCAUUUAAGUACUGAAGCUACUGCAGAACCUUCCCAACCCCACUCCAGCCAGUCUUGCUUUAGAUAGAUCUGUGAGUGCAUUCAAUACAUGAAGUGACUUUCCAUUUCCUUGCAAUAACCUUACAUUCCAGAGUUUUGUACUGUGGUGAAGGCCAGGAUAAGACAUAGCCCAAAUAAUCAUGGUUUGUGUCUAAAAUCUUACUAUGCUGACAGCAAAAAGUAUAAACCUGUACUUUGUCAAAUUGGGGAUUAUACCUAUUUGUCACUGCAAAGAUUAAUUUAAAGUAAUUUAACUGCCUAAAUCUUCUGAGAAUAAAUACUUAUUUAAGAGGACUUUUUUAAAACUGUAAUUUUUUGGAUUGUUGUCCUGAAUAAGCACCUGAAAUUAUAUCAUUCUAUUUGAAAAUGCUUCCAUGGCCUCUACUCAGCUCUUCCACUGUUGAUGAGAUAAGAUGUAGACACAUAUUGUCCAAUAUCAGUUGGUGCUGUUGUCCUCAACCUAAUUGAUUAAGUGUACUCCAACACCUUUUGUUACGUCAAUGUUCUGAGCAUUGUAUAGUCAUUGUUGAUAAAGAAGCAGUCUAAAAAAAUUAGUUUGAACAAUGCAACCAGACCAAAGUUCAAACCGAAACAAAGAUCAUAAUUUGAAUCAACGCUAAACCUUCAUAUUAUCUCUUCAAUCUUUGAGGACAUGGAGUAAAAAAUCCUUCACAUAAUAAGGAAGAAGGAGAAAUCUGCAGUAAAACAGGUUGCAUAUGAUUUUGAGUAGUCCAGAAAUGCAUUUUAAUACAGAAUUCUUUACUAGACAGUCUUUUUUUAAAGUAUGCUGUAAGUUUAUAAAUGCACUUUAAUUUUAUUAGUAUUAGUUCACUUUGAAAGAUUACCUCAGCUGCCCUGAAUAUGAAUUAAAUUCACUUUUUGUAGUUCCUCUCCUGAAAAUAUUGAUUUCCAUGUUUGGCUGUGCCUUCAGGAAUUUUCCCACACGUAAUUAAAGUAGUCAUUCUUCAUGUUUUCAAAUGAGCACCAGAAUUGGAUAUCCCAAUUUGCCUGAUCCUCCCCUACCUGAAAACUGUCAUCAAAAGUGACUAGAAAUGGCAUAGAAAUGCUGGCCAUUUUUCUUUUCCUGACCCAUGAAAGCACAUGACAAUUGCAGGGCUCUUCAUUCUGAUAUUGGCUGAUGUGAUAUGAAAGGAUGAUUAAAUCUGGAACAAAUGUGGCUCAGCAGCUAAUGUUGUAAUCUCAGAUUAUACUUCUUAAAAAAAUUACAGCAAAAUUCUUAUUUCAUUAUGGUAGUUUAUAAAUAAGUAGUAUAAUGAGUUCAUAAAAUUUACAUGAACUCACAUCUGUACAUUUUAGGCUGUCAAAUGAGCUGUCCAACUCUUGCAUAGAACAUGAACAUUUUGUGGGUGAUCUAACCAGUGCUAAAGUAAAUACAGAUCAAUUAUUGAAAAUCUCAAGUAAAGGAAACAUAUGAGUAUUUUUUUCUUUGUGUGUGUAUUUUGUUUUUUUAACAUAAUAAGCUCUGGUAUAUCUUGUAAAUCAUACUUGCUACUAAAAUGUCUGUAAAGCUACAACAUCUGAUUUGUGUACAUGUUUUGUGGAUACCUUAUCAUUCUCAAAAAGAAAGGAGCAUAUGUUUUGUACAGAUUUAUAUACAAAAUACAAUGUAUUUAAUGUUUUACACAAGGUAAAGGUUGGUUAUUUAGUAAUAACAUUAAAACUUUUCAGUUUGGGUGAUUCUUUUACAAGUCAUCUGGUUAUAAACUUUGGUAUCUCAUGCUGAAACUUUAAAGUGUUAAAUGCCUUAUCCAUAUUUCACUUUAUUUUCUGUUGCAAUUUGUAGGUUAUAAAUGUAUUUUCAAUAAUGUACCAUAUAAAGUGCAAAUGCUUUGCCCUUGUUCUAUCAACCAAUAUGCAAUACAAUAUGCAGUGAUUCAAGAAAGUAGCUCAUCACCCGUCUCCCAAGCGCAAUUGAACCUGGGUAUUAAAUGUGGCCUUUCCAACAAAAGCCCAUGUCCUGCAAAUGAAUUUUUAGAGCAAGAAACAGGAAGAAGUUUGGUUACAGUUGCUUACACUGAAUGUGCAAAAAUAGUAAUGAAGGUAUAUUUAACUAUUUCUGAAAUUCUCUUCCAUUACUUCAGUGGAACCCAAUUUUGGAAGUGGAAUAUAUUGUACAGCUCCUGUUUUAUUUAGUGCUAAUCUCUGAGGUUAUUUUUCUCUCAUACUUGAGAUUAAAGUCGCAAUUUCCCAACAUUGUACAACUUAAAAAUAGAAAAUCUGUGUGGUCAUCUGAAUUGUUAUGCUCUCUUAAGAACACAAAAAUUAGAACACGUGUAGGCCAUAUGAAUAAGAUCUUGGUUGAUUGGUCUUUGCCUCAGCUCCACUUUCCUGCCUGUUCCCCAUAAACCCUUGAUGGCCCUAGAGACCAACCGUUUGUCUAUCUUAUCAAUGUAUUCUUAAUGGGUGAAAUUUACUAGAGAGGGCAUAGAGUCAUGGAAUAUCUCUUGAAUAUCUAAAGGAUUUUAACUGUAUCACUUUGGUUUAAUUAUCAAAUUUUCCCUGAGAUACUUUAUUGAUACUUGCAUGUCAUCUCUAAGGUCCAAGUGCAACUAAAAGCAAAGAGUCACUUACUUUAAUCAGAGAGUCCUUUCUCGGCCAGUUUCUUCGUUACAAUUCUUGUACCCUGGGAUCUAGUAUUGGUUGGUUUCAGGUUUUCUCAGAUAUAUCAGUUGUCAUACAAACUACAAAUUCUAAUCAAAGCCCAUGUGUCUGUAUUGUUCAAAAAAUAAAAGCAGCUGCUAAAAGAACUAGUCUUGUUUCCAGGAAUUUUCCAGCUUGGGUGAAGUUCUCCUAUCACUUCCUCACAGUUGGAAUCUCUAAACCAAGGAAAAUGCUUGAUCUGUAUUAUGUUAAAUUAAUUUGAAAUUUGAGUAUAUGUGCCUGGACUUCAGUUAAAUAUUGAUAAGCGUUCUUUUUCAAAAUCCAUUGCAAGAUGAGGCAAUCAAAUAUGGGUAAGCAAAUUAACAUUCAGUAUCUGAUUUGCUUGCAUAAAAUAGAUGAUGUGCAUGCUAGGAAAGGUACUAUAUAUCCAAACUGUUUGCUUAGUUGACGAGGGAACAUUUGCUAAUGUAGUACCAGAUUUUUCCCUUAGGGUAGUACACUGCUUCCACAAGAAACACCACUCAGAGGCAUUAGCUGGAAACUGCAACUUAUCAUUUGUAUCUUCUCAUUUGUUCCAGUCAUUUUGUUGAAUAUUCAAUUGCCUAGACGGAAAGUUGGCACUGCCUGUGCACCACUUCACUGUUGAUCAGAAAAGUCACCUAUGCCAUCAAGUAUGAAUUUAUCACUUUCAACCUUUGAAAUAAAACUAGUUGU